GAAAAGUCUCCCCAACCAACACCUACAAAAUAUUUCGGCCAACCAAACCCAAAAACAAUAGAUAGAGCUCUUCAACACCAUUCCUCCAUAUCCAUAACCGAGCUCAAGUAAGAGGAAGGCUCAAGGAAGAAGAAGGGAUAGAGAAAGUAAAGAAAACCUAGAAAAACAUGAGGCUUGCUUAGCCCUCGGCGAACAGGCUCGGAGGCUUCAAGAAUGGCGCCUCCAUAGAGCUGAGCAAGACACCAGAAUGAGGGAGUGCCUCCUAAAGAACCAGGAGGCGGUGAAGCUGGGGGCCCAGCUAGAAGAGGAGCUCCGGCAGAUGAGCUUGAAACUGGAGGCUGCAGAGAAAGGCAAGGCUGAUGCUGAGGCCGCUGCCAGGAGAGCUGCUAAAGAGGCCGAGGACUCCAAAGCACUAGCUGUCGCCAAGGCUCAGGAGGAGGCCGUUGAGGCCUUUGUUGCCGAGGGUUGGAGAGCCGAGGGGCGCAAGAUGUGGGCGUCCUCGGUCGUGGAGGCCUGUGUUGAAGAAUGGGCCGAGGGCCCUGGGUGGGAAUGGAUGGCCCGGAAGGGCAGAGAGUACUAUGAAGCCGGCGAAUUCUUCACCCAGGUCCUCAUCUACCGGAGGAUGGCCCGACAUUUGGGCAUUGAGCAAAAGGACUUCUCCCCCUCGGCGUAUGGCCUUCCUCCUUUGCAGCCUGAUGUCCGUGAGCCGCUCCCGGAAGGUGUUCAGAGGCCCGACCUUGAGGACACGGUGUUGAAGAAUGAGGCCGAGGACGACGCUGUCGAGACCGGAGCGGAGGCAUCAUCGAGGCCGGCUGUAGAGGGCGCCCCAGUGAACGAUGCUGUCGUAGUUGUGGAAUGACAUUAUACUUAGAAAUCUUUGAACAUCUUUUGUAAUGAACAACAUUUUUCUUUCGGCUUCGGCCCGUUUGUAAAUUCACACUUACUCUUGUUUUUGAUGAAAUGCAUGCUGCCUCCGGGCUUUUCA